AUGUCCAACCGCUCUGCUCCUAUUAGCUCCAAAAACAUAGCUGGGAAGUUGGUCUUCUAUCAGAUGGAGGGAAAUGCCACCUUUGUGAGGGACACAGGAGAGCUGGCUUCAGAUGUUCCGACUGAGACCAUGUUUGAACUCUUUGAUCCCCAAAAGAACUUCAGCACAGCAAAGUUCACCUACACAUGGGACUUAGGGAAUGGAGAGGUGAUCCAAGGGACUGAGCCGGUUGUCCGAUAUCAUUACGCAGAAUCAGGGAACUACACACUGCGGCUGAAAGUAGGAGUGAAUGUGACCAAAUAUGCACCUCUUCUCACUGACUUCUACUCCAUGGAUGUCCAAGUGCUCGAUGCCAUUAAAAACAUCGAGCUGAGGGGGCCUUCAGAUUAUGAGGUGUCGCAGAACACCAGUUUGGCUUUUCAUGUGGAUGGAAGUCCUCCCAUAUGGGUGUGCUGGCGUUUCCUGACCAACUGUAUACCAGAUAUGUCGGCGGGCUGCACGCUGACCAUGCUAUAUGAAAAUACCCUGAGACUGAACCACACCUUCACCUCCACCGGCGUCCACUGCUUGGACAUCAGUGUCCGUAAUGACAUCAGCAAGCUGCAGUCCUCCUUCAGCAUCUACGUCAAGAGAAGCAAUAACACCCACAUGUUCUUCAUCCUGUCAUGUGCUGCCGUUCUUGUAGCAACCUUCUCCUUCAUCACAGUCAUCGCCUGUUGGCCUCGUCAUCACAACAAAUCACAGAUUGCUGCUUCCAGUAACGCUGUAUUCCUGAAGAACCAAGACUCUGAUCAUCAAAGCUCGAUUCUUUUCAACUUCUCCAAAGUGGAGAAGGGAGAGAAAGAGCCACUCCUCUUACAGUAUGGGAGCCAAUACUCCUCUUAA